ACGAGGAUGGGAUUCGAACCCACGCGUGCAGAGCACAAUGGAUUAGCAGUCCAUCGCCUUAACCACUCGGCCACCUCGUCUGAUACACACAUGUGCAUGUACAUGAUCCUUUUGAUUCCAUACAAAUGCACUUUUAGGUCACAACACAUCUAUUUUUUGAUGUCUAAUAAGUGUUUACUGGUAUUUCUUCUGGCUGUUGCUAACAGGAAGUGUUUAUGGAGUCGAAACAGACACGUACAGGCACGCCAGAGCACAAGUAGUGAGCCGAGCCCAUUUUACGGUGUUUACGGUAACGUUAACCGGAACAGUAAACAAACAUGCGCCGCCAUGCGCAGUGUGUGCGCGCUUCACGAACGCGUUUCUCUUCUGCUGUUCACAGGCGUCUUUUCAAUGCAUGCAUCCAAAUAUGCAAGUCAAAUCUCCUUUAAACUGACCCGCACUACAUCUGGCUGCAAUGCAAAUCAAUGCAGAGUCGGCUGCUGCAUGCAUGAGGGCUGCAUAGCUGGCUAACCCUAGCUGAUCUGUGUGAGCACUCUUUAUUUCAUUAGCAUUAACCAAAAGGUGCUAGUAAUUGUAAUGCAUUUCUCUAAAAAAUGCUCCGUGUUUAAGGUGGUACUCAGUGCCCUUCUCAUCGUUGCGCUGUUGCAGCUUUUAUAUCUGUCUUUCCUCUCAAAGUUGCACGGCAAACAGCAGCGCUACAAGUAUUCUGAGCUCUUUGGCUCCAAAAAGACCGCAAACCAAGGAGAGAAGAACCCCAGACGGGAACAUCUCAGAUACUCUUUAUCCACAGGUGGGAUCUUCGAUGGGAGUGGACAGUACCGCGUGUAUAAGAACCUAAUCAAAAGCGACUUCUCGACCAAUCAGAAGCCAGGCGCGGAUCCCAGAUCGCACCACCUGGCUUUGGCCACGCAUACGACCAUCAACAACCUUCACCAUUUAAGCUCUUUGCUGGAUCGCUGGCAGAAUCCGCUAUCCGUUGCGAUAUUCGCCAACGGUCAAGAUGUCAAGUUCGCGACGGCGUUCGUUUACGCCCUCAGCCUGUUUUGCCCGAAGGUUCAAGCAUUGGUGGAUUUCCAUCUUGUUUGCCACUCGGGCGAAAUGGCGAGUUUCCCAGAGCAAGAUCGAGAGCAUUUCGCCGGUCUGGAGGAGAUGGGCUGCUCCGGCGUUUUCGCCAAGCUUGAAUCGCACAGAGACAAGUAUAAAAACUACGCGAUUGGGAACAAUGUCUCGUACCCCAACAACCUUCUUCGCAAUGUGGCUCGCAGCGGCACAGAUGCCGCUUACAUCCUGGUCAUCGAUAUCGACAUGAUGCCCAGCGCCAAUCUGCACCACCAAUUCGUGACCAUGCUAAUGAGGCGUGAACCGGCUGUGGACGAAGUCCUCGUGCUUCCUGCGUUCGAGAUCAGACACACUCGUAAGAUGCCCGAGACGAAGCCGGAGUUGGUGCAGCUCUAUCAAGUGGGUGAGGUGCGGCCGUUUUACGAUGAGCUUUGCCCUCGCUGUCAGGCUCCUACGAAUUACUCGCAGUGGGUCAAUCUGGCCAGCAGGGGCUCAGGGCCACUGGAAGUGGCGUACACUAUAAACUGGGCCGAUCCGUGGGAGCCUUUCUACAUCGGCGCUCGAACGGUUCCUCUCUACGACGAGAACUUCAGGCAGUACGGCUUCAACCGCAUCAGUCAGGCCUGUGAGCUUCACAUCUCCGGGUACCGCUUCUCUGUGGUGAGCAAUGCGUUUGUGGUGCACAAAGGGUUCAAGGUCCAGGGAGAGUUUCACAGCAGAAAGGACGAGGAGAACCGCAAGAACCGCAUCCUCUUCCGCAGCUUCAAGGAGAGCCUGAAGGCCAAGUAUCCCAGCUCGCCUCGCCACUGCUGAGAAAACAGAUGGCGAUGAGAGAGAUCACGUCUAAUCCUAACCAACAUCUUCCAGACUUCAUCUGAGAAUCACAGAUGCACAAAACUGAAACAAAGAACCUGUUUGUAUCUCAUUUCAAACAUCAAAAACUCUACAGUCAAAGGAGAUCAUUCUUUCAUCAAUAAGCUGAAGACAUGAUCCUUCACGCUUUAAAGAGAGAAACUAAAUAAAGAUGGUCCUUUUUAUUUAUCAUUUUUGUUUUCAGUACAUUUGUGACUACUUUGAAAUUUGAGAGCAAGGUAAAAUGUCUCAAAAUUAACUUAUUUAUUUGAUUUUUUAUGCUGUUUUUCAUCUUACUUUUCUGAGGUUUUCAAUGCAUUUUUUUCACUUUCUUCCCCAAAUUUAAGGCAAGGCACCCCAGGUGAAUAGGGUACAAAACAUUAACUAAUAUAUAUCGCUAUAAUUUUCUAGUUGAUUGAUUACAUUAAGAAACAUUUUUUUGUAUAGCAAGUUAUCUAAAAUGGUAUGUCUAAAUAUGCAAAUUAUGUCAAUAUCUAAUUAAUACACUAAUUUGCAUACAUUUCCAGAACAUAAAUCUGAACAUGAAUUAAGCCAGGUUCAAAAUUGUUUCAUUUUGUUGACACAUAAAAGUCAAAUGUUUGCACAGAUGCAUUUGGAUUUCUUUUUUAUAUCACUAAGAAAAAUGUGUUUAGAAAUAAAAUGUUGAAUAAAGUCAGGCAAGUGAUAUAUAACCAAACCUCUUUGUAAAAACCCUCAAAUUUUAAGAUUUGGUGUAAGUGCUGCUGAAGUAGAGAAAUAAAACCCUAUAAAACAAGUAUUUUAAUUGAAAUCUACAGACACAAAUAGAUUAAAAUAAUAGAUUAAUCAACUAGUCUGAAACAGGUUAUGUUGUUUCAAAACUGUCCAGUGCAUGAAAAAACAGUUAUUGCCUGUAGUGUCUUGCCUUAAUCUGAGAAACGAUUUGAGAAAUGACAUGCAAUAGCUAAUGACAUUACAAUGAUGAGUACGUAUACAGUUCUCGAUCUCAUGUUGUGACGUGUGUUUGAGUUACUGACGAGACGAGGUCUUGUAAAGACCCAGAGAUUAGUUGUAAAGCUAUUAACAUAUUAAGGUCGAUAGGCCACCUUUAUGCUAAUAACAACUCUAAAGACGCUCACAGAGCCUGAUGAUAUUACACACACACACAGGGAGCGGCGUCUGAAACUCAUAUUAGUGUUUUAAUUAUACUGUGGAUUAGGGGUAGAUGACAAUUAAGCAACACUAGAUUAAUGCAGGAAUGUACAGUUGUAGUGACUGCAGAUGAUUAGACUGAACAGGCAAUACUGUAUAUGUCAGAUUUGUAGUGUUUAACACUGACUGGGGCUCGUAUAUAUUGUCCUUUGUUUUGGGAAAAUCCAACCCAUUUUCUUUUACUUUAUAGUAUUUUUCUUCUUUUUUUUUUCUGAUGUGAAAAUCUUGCCUGAUAUUGAAAGAGUUUAUUUUUACAUUAGUUUUACAUUUGUACUAUUAUUUUGCCAAUUAUUUAUUUAUUUUUUAUGUCAUAAAAGCAACACUUUGGUUAUUUAACUCCGAUUACCCUGAUAGUGUUGUGUAGUAAUGGAAGCAUGAAUGUUGUGACACUGGAAAAACACUGUCAAAUCAGAAACCUCGUUGUGAUACUGAAACAAAACAAAACAAAAAAAAAGAUUGUAAAGUGUUUUAUAAAAUUGUAACAUAAAGUGGACAUGUACUUAUUUGGUUAUACAUGAAACUAACACUGUUUUAGUUAUUGUUGAAUGAAGUUCUUUUGCUUUUAUUAUUAAUAUUGACUUGUUUGUUUUGUAUCUUACAAUAAAUCUACAACAUUUG